UCUCAAUUCAGGUACCAACUCUAAUCCUUCUCGAUGCAGUCCCACUCCUGAGAUUCACUUUAUCCUCAACACACCACUUUCUCGGCAGCGUCAAUGAGGAUCUACGCCUUCCCGCCUUGUCUGAGCAACCCGGUUCUACUAUUCGGGGUAGACCCUUGUUUCCACGACUCCACGGACAUGAAACACGCACCUUCUCACACUCUGAAAAUAACAUGUUGACAUCGGAUGUUUCGAGUUUUGGCACAAAAUUCCCCACAAUCUUGUUUCCUUCGCUUCAGUACUUGAAGAUGGUGGUAUUAUCCGACGAGAUGUGUUUGUUUUGAUGUGUUAGUACCUCCGUAGCGAAGCUCGAGACUAUCCGAAGGCUUUGGAAAGCUCUUGAGUGAGGAGGACGUUUCCACUUCUUCCAUGAUCUAGACUUGUAUUCGAUGAAUCAUUUUGUGGAUUUUCACAGCCUACUGGGUCUGCCAUAUUUGGUAUUGGAAGAUGGAAGUUGGAAGGGUCUUCCUGAGUCAGUGUUUGCAAGUGCAAGUUGGAUUUCCAACAUCAAGAUGAUGACGUGGAAGUGUUCUUCUCAAGCUGGGGAUCUGAAAGGUGGUCUCAUAUUACCAAGAUCACCAGAACGAGGCUACCGGUAAAGAUGGAUGCAAUCCUGAAUUUUCAGGUCCAGGAGGAGGAUUUUUGUCAGCAGAGACGACGAGCCACAGGUUCACUAUUGAGGUCCCGGAGUCUCUUCAAAGCAAAUCUGGAAAAAUUCGUUGAGUUCUUCUUCGAGGUAGAAACAAUGUUUCAACAUGACAUUUGUCCUCCAAUCUCUGGGAAUUACCAAGGCCUCCGACAAUGUCAUCUCAUGCCGGCAAACUUUUGAAUUACGAUCAUACAAACUUUUCUCCAAAAUGUCAUUUCUGACUCAAGGUUCUGUAAGGCCAUCACACCAAUGAUAUACCUUAUAACUACAGUAGCUCCGGCUUUUUCUAAGACCUUGUGGAUGAGAGAGAACAUCACAUACAUGUUCUUCUCGCAGAUGUCUUGGUCCUAAUAGCUUUUAUUUCCAUCUUUAUAACACAACUACUUGUCAUGGUCUCUGAUCGUGGCAAGGACACAACCUCUUCAGCAUUUUCUUUAGCCUUGAAUAUAUUGGCUCGUGGUAAACAUUAAAGUUGUUAUGGACCAGCUUUCUCGUGAAUUCAUUCUUUUACCUUGUUAGACUGAUUUGAGACUUUGACUCAGCGAUCCUCUUGCUCUAUUUUUCUGUGCCAUUAGGAGCUACUCACCUCCAUUUUGGCAUGAAAAGUAAUAUCUUUGCAUUCACUUGCUCUUACAUAGCAUCGUUAUUGUGCGUGGCGAGCAUCCGAUUGCCAAAUCAUGGAUUUGUGAGUCAGGGCUGCUCAGAAAUUCAUAGACACAGGCCUGGAUAGUCUGAGGUACUACUCGACACGACCACUUCCCCACUUCGAUAUGCGUAUCAUUUACCUUUAGAAUACUAUUCAAGAGGCGAGAGUAUUGAUAGAAUAAAUCUACGAGUUCUCUCGUAGAUAAUCGGAAUCAGGUUCGUGGUCAAGCUCGUGGAUGAUGUGGCAAGCUUUCAAUCAAUGGUGGUUGAGCAAUGCUUUCCUGAUAAUCGCUAGAGAGAGAGAAUAAUUUGGGAGAUGAAGAGCCAAAGAGAAAUAACACGUACUUAUACAAUCGACCCGAAUAUGGCUGUCUAUUUAGUUGUGAUGUUAGAGGCGAAAAUGACUUGGCAUCGGAAAAAGGUAUCUCCGUUUGCUUCCGAGACGUGCGACCUCACUGCUCCCAACCUGCGCCCGGUGGUGUUCAAGCUCUUAUCAACUCAACCUUCAACGUCACAACCACUGCCCACAAUACAAAUCAGCUCAGGAACACAUAACUGAAGCUGUAGAAACCAUGGCAGACCGCUCCGCAGAGCUCGCGCCCAAGUUCGCGCCAUUCUUUGGAAUGGUAAGUGGCAAGGUCAAUGAUGAUGUGAGGACUCGCAACUGACAGCUACCCAGGCCGGCAUUUUCUUCGCGAUGGCAUUUGGAUGUAGGCAUAUCUGACAUUAUUCGAGACGGGGGUUCUAAUUGAUUAUAGGUGCCGGAGCUGCGUAUGGAACCGCCAAAUCCGGAAUUGGAAUUUCGGGCGUCGGUACAUAUCGACCAGAUCUCAUCAUGAAGGUACACAAGAUCCUCGCUGUGGUAUUGAGGAAAGGAGUACUAAUAAAUCCCGCUAGUCUCUAAUUCCAGUCGUCAUGUCUGGUAUCAUCGCGGUAUACUCGCUCGUCAUUGCAGUUUUGAUCGCUGGAGAUAUGGCUCCUCCUCCAACAACUUACAGUCUUUUUAAGUACGACUUAUCGUUCCGCGGUUGCUAGUUCUCUACUAACGAUUAUACAGCGGAUUCAUGCAUCUUGCAUGUGGUCUCUCGGUCGGGUUAACGGGUCUUGCAGCUGGAUAUGCGAUUGGAAUUGUUGGGGAUAUGGGCGUUCGAUCAUACAUGCUACAAUCGAGGAUAUUCGUCGGAAUGGUGUUGAUUCUCAUUUUCGGAGAAGUCUUGGGUCUUUACGGGUUAGUCUACUUGAUUUCAGGCCAGCUCAUGCGGUUACUAACUAUAUAGGCUUAUUGUUGCCCUUAUCCUCAACACCAAGAGCAGAGGCUAAAUAUCAGAUUCCUAUGGGAGCACUUAUCACAAAUACCACGAAUAGCGAAUAUCGGUCUAGGGAAGAUGUGUGACGAAUAUUGUUUGACUAUGAGGUGGGUUGAACUGCAUUGCUGGGAG